AUGGAUAUUCACACGCUUCUGGUUAACAUCCUGGUCGUCGUGCUUGGCACCCUUUCGCCUGUCGAGAGCACACCCCAAUUAGAGAGGCGAUGCCUUCCAUUCGCAAAUGGCAGCUUCGUGAUUCAUCAACACCAACUUUAUCCCGACUGUGCGGACUGGGAUGUUGAUAAUUGCGUCCUUUACUUCGGGUCCAAAGCCAAUGCCAGUGUUGUUGUUUACGACCCUUACAUGAAUAAGAUAGUCGACGUUUUGAUGUUGAGCGACAUCACACAGAACCCGAACCUUCAAAUCGGCGGCGUCCGAGUCGAUCAGCACACGAAUCUUGUGUCUAUCGUCACUAAUGCCGCUGCCCCCUUCAACGCCGCCGGGCAAAAUGUAUCCGGCGACAGCUUUAUAACCAAGUACGAUGUUGCCAAGAAACAGGUGCUGUGGAGCAAGAACAUCACCGAUGUUUCCAAGGGCGAGUAUGCUGGCUUCCGGGAUAUCGGAUACGACCCCCUUGGAAACACCUACGUCGUCGGGACGUUCCCAGGAACUAUAAUGAAAGUAAACCAGGAAGGCUCUGAUAUUAUUCCUUGGUAUCUACCUGCGAAAAUUGACAACACCAAAACUGGUUUUUCAGGACUUGCAGCAGUUGGAAAUAUCCUGAUAACCAGUAACAACGAGGAUUCACAGAUUUACCGUUUCGAUAUGACGGCUGAGAAGGGCACUCCUGUGCUUGUUCGUAGAUCGCCCGACGCAACAUUGGCCAUGACUGGUGUUAUAUAUCUGCCACAGAAGUACGACGGCAAAGUUCUGCUCGUUGCCGAAAACGCAAAGGGCAUCACCGUUCUCCGCUCCAGUGAUGGAUCGUGGCAAUCGGCUGAGCAUCUCGGUACGGUGCCGAACAACUCCUUGGCGGCGCCAGGAGGUACCAUUACCGCUGCGGUGCAAGUCGGCGAUAGUCUCUACAUGGUUGAAGGGUUCUCUACGGAUCCUUCUGUCUCUAACUCGACUGCUGGGAAUAGGACAGAGUUCCCCAUGGUUGACAUUACCUUGGAAGUUGAAGGGCUUCUAUGA